AUUAACCCAGCCAAUUUAAAAGUUAAGGUUAAUGGGAUGUUUAAUAGACAGGAUGGUGCAGUUGAAAUUAAAUGUGUAAAUAAUAGCGAUAGAGAUAUCCUAGCUGAUGAAAUCAAAAAUAAGUUAAGCCAAAAAUACGAUGUGGAAAUCCCAGGCUUGCGAUACCCCAAAAUAUUAAUAAGUGGGCUAUCGGCGAACUUGGAGUGUGAUAAAGUCGAAAAAGCUAUACGUAAGCAAAACGAUGUCUUAUUUGAGCACCUCAAAUGUACUAAAGUUUUUAAAUCGCAGAAAAAUCCUAGAGUGUUUAAUGCGUUUAUUGAAGUGGAUGGUGUAGCCUUCAAAAGCAUUAUAAAGGAGCAAAGAAUCAAUAUUGAAUGGGAUCGAUGUAUGGCUUACGAAAGCGAUGGAGUUCUAAGAUGUUAUAAGUGUUGGGGCUUUAACCACAAAGCUGCAAUGUGCAAAGAACAGCAUCAGAUAUGUGCUAAGUGCGGGGAAAAUGAUCAUAGCUAUAGAGAAUGUCAGAAUAACUUUGUGAAAUGCAGAAAUUGUUGCAUAGCGAAAGCAAGACUUAAUCUGGCGGACAUCGACGAAAAGCAUGAUGCAAGGGACAGCUGCUGUCGCGUAUUACAGAGAAAGGUAAAACUGCAGGCCGAAAGAACAUUAUACUAGCAAUCAAAGGGCAAGAUACUAUGCCUUUACUUGAACAUAUGUGGUCUGAGAACGAAUUUUUCCCAAUUAGAAGUUUUGUUGGAAGACAGUGUAUAUGACUUCGUAUGCUUGUCUGCUACGCCGCAAUAGCAAAUAUCUUGAGCUAGGGACACUGUACAGAUCCCCCAACAGGGUAACUUCCCCAGAAAGUGUUUUUUGCGAAUUUUUUAAGGAUAAGCUGGACUCGCUCUUAGAAACCAGUGAUGUCAUAAUAACUGGAGACUUCAAUAUACACUGGUAUGAAAACACUGUUUCCAGAAGAAUCAUAAAGCAAGCAACGGAUGACAGUAGCUUUAAGCAGAUUCUGAAUAACCCUACUCGAAUAACUGAGUUUUCCGCAACGCUGAUAGACUAUGUCGUGACAAAUAUAAGUAAUAUAAAUGCACAUACGGUGUCAGACCUCAAAAUAAGUGAUCAUGAAACGAUACUAAUCGAAAUUAAUGAGCGUGAGAAAGCAAAGCCCACCAAAUCAACGUUAAAAAGAUUAACCUUUGACAACCGUAUUUUGUGUGAUACGGUGAAUGCAAGAUGUUCAAAUUGCAAUGAAGGUGAGCUCGAAGCAUAUGCCACAACAUUUAAUGAAGCUUUAAAAGAAGCAAUCAAUAAAAUGACAAUAGUGAGAACAGUGAAAUCUAAUGUAAGCAGAUGUAGAUGGUAUAAUGCUAGACUCAGGACGUUAAGGCAAUCGAAGGAAGCAAGCUAUAGGCGGGCAACGUGGACUCGAAAUACGGAAGACUGGGCGCGUUAUAGAGAAUGUAGAAAUCGGUACGUUAGUGAGCUGAACCGGGCCAAGUGCCAAUAUAUUGAAGCGAAAAUAGAUCGGUGUUUGGACCAAAAAACCAUGUGGAAAGCAAUAAAGGGCCUUGUGCUGAAAAAGGAGCACAAAAAUAUCAAAAAAAUCGACUUCGGAGAUAAGAUUGUAAAUAAUAAGCAUGAACUUGCCAAUCGUCUCAACGAAUUCUUCGUAGAAAGUAUAAACCGAAUAAACGUGGCAAUACCAGCGGUUCCUUACAUUAACCUUAGGAGCAGAGCGGACACACGCUUUAAGUUUAGUGAAAUAAAUCUUGUGGAGCUAAAAUCAACGCUGACUAAAAUGAAUAGCAAAAAUGAUUGUAACUCAAUGUCGAUUACUUACUUGUUAUCCACCUUUAAUGUUACUGGGCCGAUUGUCCUAUCUUUAAUUAAAAAGUCACUUGAAACCCGUAUAUACCCACAUCGCUGGAAGCAGUCAAUAGUAGUCCCAAUAGAAAAAGUAAAAAAUGCAAAAAAGCCGGAAGAAUACAGACCAAUCAACACGCUAUUAAUUGAAAGCAAAAUUAUUGAAAAAAUUGUUCACGCCCAGCUCGAAAACUAUUUUGAGAAGCACAACCUCUUUUGUGAGUAUCAGUCUGGAUUCAGACUAAAGCAUAGCUGUGAAUCAUUGCUUAACCUUGUCAUCACGAAAUGGAAGACUGAACGAGAUAACAAGCGAGUGAUAGCAGCAGUUUUUAU